AUGAGGGGGGUAUCCAAUGAUCUCGAAGCAAGAGGAUUCUUGAUGGCCAUCCCUCCCACAUUUGGUGCACUUCUUACCAUUGCGAAAGUGAAAUCCUCGAUUGCCUUGAGAGUUGGUAAAGCUCCUGUCAAGAAGAUCUUGAGAAAUGGCCGAAUUGUAACCAUAUUCACAGUUGGAACUGAUGGAAUGUUUGAUCAGAGGCUUGUGGGAGAUAAAGACUUGCCAAGACCAGCUCAAUGGCAUCGUGUUACAGUACAUAAUGAAAUGCUUGGGGCUUAUGCUGUUCAACAACUUAUGAAAAAGUCUGGUUCUCUUCCAUGUACCAAAAAUGAUGAUGGCCACAUCUUGGAGCUAACUGGUCCUCGGACUAUUUUGACUAUUUGCCAUGCUAUUAUAUGUGGAAAAGUAGGUCAAGCUCUUGUCAAGAAGAUCUUGAGAAAUGGCCGAAUUGUAACCAUAUUCACAGUUGGGACUGAUGGAAUGUUUGAUCAGAGGCUCGUGGGAGAUAAAGACUUGCCAAGACCAGCUCAAUGGCAUCGUGUUGCAGUACAUAAUGAAAUGCUUGGGGCUUAUGCUGUUCAACAACUUAUGAAAAAGUAUGGUUCUGUGACUUCUUCAAUCAAGCUGUAG